UAACUGGGUUUAACUGGUUUUCUCCUAGCUGAUGAUGGAAGAGGUGCACAAGGGCAGCAGCAGCAGCUCUGUUACGUCCCAGCCCUCGGCCGUACAAGGUACAACCCUGCAGGCAGCUCAGCUCUCUCAUAUUGCUCAACAGAUGUCUCUCAGAGGUUCUGCUCCCCUCACAGUGGUUCAGCUUCCUGGAGAGCAAGUCCAGGUCCAGGGGGUCAUUCAGACAGCUCAGUCCUCCUCUGUCAUCCACUCCCCUCAGGUGCAAACUGUGCAGGUGUCUUCCCUGUCUGAGAGUGAGGAUUCUCAGGACUCCUCAGACAGCAUUGGCUCCUCACAGAAGGCUCGAGGCAUCUUGGCUCGUCGUCCAUCGUACCGAAAAAUUUUGAAAGAUCUUUCUUCUGAAGACACACGGGAUAGAAAAGGAGAUGAGGAAAGUCCUGGGGUCUCMACUGUCACCUCCAUGUCCGUUCCCACACCCAUCUACCAGACAAGCACUGGACAGUACAUUGCCAUCGCUGCCAACGGGCUGCAGUUGGCAGGGCCAGGGGCAGACGGGGUGCAGGGCCUGCAGACUCUGACCAUGGCCAACACCAGCAGCUCCCAGCCCGGCACCACCAUCCUGCAGUACGCGCAGACCUCGGACGGGCAGCAGAUCCUGGUGCCCAGCAACCAGGUGGUGGUUCAGACUGCCUCUGGUGACAUGCAGACGUACCAGAUCCGCACCACRCCCACCAGCUCCUCCCUGCCCCAGACUGUGGUGAUGACGUCCCCUGUCACUCUGACAUCACAGACCAGCAAAACAGAUGAUCCACAGUUGAAACGAGAGAUCAGGCUGAUGAAGAACAGAGAAGCUGCCCGGGAGUGCCGGAGGAAGAAGAAGGAGUAUGUGAAAUGUUUGGAAAAUCGAGUGGCAGUCCUGGAAAAUCAGAACAAAACUCUAAUUGAAGAGCUAAAAACUUUGAAAGAUCUUUACUGUCAUAAAAGUGUGUAAGAAGAGAAGGUAAAAACCUUUGGGGACUGGUGAAAUAUCAGAGGAGAAUUUUUUUUUUUAUACUGAAUUUUUUUAACUAGAUGAAAGGUCAAAAAUGAAACUUUUCUACCUAGAUUUCACAGCUCAAAGACUCUAUAGAUUUUAUUUACAACAUGUUGGUGACAAAGUACAAACAGGAAACAAGAAAACCUCACCAAAAUUCCUGCUGGCACAACUGGAAACUGAAUAAAUUCAAUUGCAGCUACAGCAAAGGACAGUCACGUGUGGCGAGGCAGGUGAUGAGAGUUUCUUUGAAAAUUCCUACAAAUCCCUCUAAUAAGAGAGGCAAAAUUUGGUUACAAAGAAAAUGUGGAUGAAACAGAAUCCUUGCCAUAGCUGACAUUAUUAGCAACGUUUAUAACCAGUGUAUGUUUUGAUUUCUUACUCUUUUUCARUCCUUUUUCCUUCAGUUAUUUGUCUGUAAAUAUUUUUAUUUUAACCUGUAAGUUGAUAUUUACAGGUGCAGAUGAUAAAAAAGCUGAUACUUUGCUCGAGGUAUAAAUUAUGUUUUUCUCAGAUGACAAUUUAAAAAGUUGGGAUGAUUUUUUUUCCAUGUUUGCCGUGUUUAUCAGAUGGGGGAAGRAUCUGCAGAAGGCAGCGAGAGGCCUGGUCCUGGAAAUGUCUGAGGCACAGAAAAUUGUGUUGAUUUUCUUGGAGAAUUCAACACAUUAAUGAUUUUAAAGCACAGUGUGAGGGACAAGGACUGGUGACAAAAGUUYUGAAGAAUUUCUGAGAUUAAACUUCUGAAAGUUUAAUUUCACAAGAGUUUGUUCUUAGUUCUGGGCAUGARAAACAUCAAUCAUUGAAAAUUAAAUUAUGUGCUGAUCAUAUCUACAAUUAAACACUCAGUGCUUGUCCUGCCUGGGGAUUCUCCUGGGCUUUGGAACAUGAAACCAAAAAGAAGAAAAAUGAUGUAGUAAAAAAUGGAAGAUCUAUACCAAAGGGUUAUGAGGUUCUAAUCUCUGGUUUAUUGCUGGAAGUAGUGCAAAAUUACAAUUUCCAGUCUAAUUUUGUAAGGUAGGAGCUAUUUUGCAAAGUAAUGGUGUCUUUGUAAGCAAAUAUUAUAUUGCAAACGGGGAGAUGGUUGGUAUAUUUUGUAGCUAAAUUGUGAUCUUUACAAAACCUGAAAUUGAGUUUCUAUACAUAUUUUGAGGGUUUCUAUCUUUCAUUUUAGUAACCAAAUGAAAUAUUUUGUGAACCAGAUUUUCAAGGAUAUAUUUUUAUGGAUAGUACAAAGUCAAAUGAGAUCCUCUUUGGUGUAGGAGAUACUUGAAUUACUUUUGUAUGUCUGUAGGCAACUUGCAAAAAAAAAAGGAUCCUAAAGUGUAUUGGGAGAAAAAAGAGCAAAAAGAAAGAAAUGAGGGUUUUUUACUCCCCAGAAGUUGACAAUAUCUGCACAUUAGAUCUCAUUGUGUCAGAGGGUCCAGUUUGUACAAUUUUAAUUUGUUUCAGGUGAAAUCCAAGUUUGACAUGAUCAGGACUCCUUUGGCUGGGGAGUCUCCGUUCUUGGAGAUCCCCAGAGCUGUCUGGCUGUGGGUUUGGUGGGCAGGACAGGGUACAGGGGAGGAGUGACCUGGGUGA